CUCUCUCUCUCUCGAUCUCUCUCUCUGCCUUCUCUCCCUCUCUCUCUCUCUCUCUCAAAACACUAGUGCUCUCUCUCCAUCUCCUCUGCUCUCUGCUGUAGUUCAACCUUCUGCUGCUCCAUGGAUUCACCAAAACCCUAGAAGCGCCAUCUCCUCCCAUUGGCUCAUCUUCUCAAAUCCCAAGCUCGACCAUGGAAACCUCUGGAUCUUCGUUGUGGCUGUCAUCAUCAUCCUUGCCGUAUUCUUCUAUCUUUCGACUGUCAUAAGAGGCUCUGGAAAGAAAGGGUAUGGGAUCGUGAUUGAUGCCAGAAGCACCAGGAUGUGAAUCCAUGUUUUCGAGUUCUCGAUGAGAAGAGGAUUGCCCAUUUUGAAGUUUCGGUAUGGGGGAUCCAUGACAAUGAAGAACCUAGUGGAGGAAAGCAUUUGGCCAAUGAUAGCUACAGAAAGUUUGAAGGCUCUAGGUGGACUUGGCCUGCUUUCCCUUGGAGGAAAAUACCUACUCAGGUGUAUCUUUGAAGUUGGUAUCAUAUUCCUAAUAAUAACUCAAUCUCGGUGUCUGGUUGGUAUUUUUGAGUUUGGAACUGUAUUCUUGCUUCACUUGUGUAGGAGGAAGAGGCUCUCAUUUCAGCUCAUAGAAAAGAAAUUGAAGAGACGAUGGAGAUUGUGCGUGAACUGCACAAGAUGGAUGAAGGACAGCUGGAGUAUGCCGAGUUUCUUCACUUGCCAAAGAGGAGAUUUUCAUAUUUCAAUAAUUCACAAUAAUCUUUUAUUUUCGUGGUUCCAUGUACAUGGACAGUAUGUGAAAUGCCUUCUUCCAUUCUUCUGUUAAUGGAUCAUACAUUUGUAUGUCAGAGGUGGUCAGAGAUUAGAGGUUCUAGUGGAAUGGCUAGGCAGUUGUGUAUAUGUUGGUUAAGAGGAAUUGACAUCAUGUUGUAUGUAGAAUAUGUUGUGAAGCUUGGGGUGAAUGUUGAGAAUUGCUGAACAGUAGGGAUUUUAUUACAGGAGUCCUGAGUAGGAGGUUUUUGGGUUGUUGGCUGUGGGAAUAUUAUGUUGGAUCUCUGUUUCUUAGAAGAUCUGGUUUGUGCUUGGUGGUAUCAUGGUAAGUGAGCUUCUCAAUUGUUGUGUUUAGUGUCUUAGAUGUACUCUCUCUCCGAUGAUGUGUUGUCAACACGUGAGCAGGCUUUGUGGGGGCCUUUUUCUGUUGCUAAUCAAGGAGUAGCUCUUGGUGUUUAUCCCAUGCUUGCUACAGGUUCUUAAUAUGCCUAUUUGAUGAAAUAAAAUGCCUU